AUGAUCCUGAGUGUGGACAAUGAAGAAGCAGUCUUCAAUGUAUAUCGAGCCAUUCAGUUGCCUCGUCAUUACAAGGACUUGGCCAUGAUUUCAGUGGUGGAGAUAAAUGAACUAGCCGAACAAAAGCUCUUAAGGGUGCUGAGGGAGCACAAGCAUGCCAUUGGUUGGACGAUAUCUGACAUAAAAGGUAUUAACCCGGCAUUCUGCAUGCAUAAAAUACUCAUGGAGCAGGGACACAAGACUAGCGUGGAGCAUCAAUGCCGCCUCAAUCCAAUCAUGAAAAAGGUGGUAAGAAAAGAAGUAAUUACGUGGCUCGAUGCAGAUAUAGUAUUUCCUAUCUCCGAUAGCAAGUUGGAAUACUAUUAUUUUUUUGAUGGCUAUUCGGGGUAUAAUCAAAUUGCUAUUGCCCCGGAAUAUCAAGAAAAGACCACUUUUACAUGCCUUUAUGGCACUUAUGCAUUUAAGAGAAUGGCAUUCAGGUUGUGUAAUGCACAUGCGACUUUUCAAAGGUGUAUGAUGGCUAUUUUUACUGAUAUGGUGGAACAGUUUGUGGAGGCUUUUAUGGAUAAUUUUUCUAUGUUUGGUCCGUCUUUUGAUGAAUGCUUAACCAAUCUUGCUAAAGUGCUUGCCAGGUGCGAAGAGACUAAUCUGGUACUGAAUUGGGAAAAGUGCCAUUUUAUGGUACAUGAAGGUAUAGUGCUGGGACACAAGGUGUCCAAAGAUGGACUGGAAGUUGACAAGGCUAAAGUGAAAGGAAUUGAAAAGUUGCCACCACCAAUUUCAAUGAAAGGAGUUAGGAGUUUUCUGGGACAUGCAAGUUUUUAUCGUCGAUUUAUAAAGGAUUUCUCAAAAGUUUUCUCUCCUUUGUGCAUGUUGUUAGAGAAGGAUGUGUCGUUCCAGUUUGACGAUACUUGUCUGAAAGCAUUCAAGAAGCUGAAAAAGAAGUUAGUGAUUGCACCAAUCAUAGUGGCUCCUGACUGGAACGAGCCAUUUGCGUUGAUGUGUGACGCCAGUGAUGGUGCAAUUAUGGCCGUAUUGGGCCAGAGGAGGAUCAAAAUAUUUUGCUCCAUUUACUACGCAAGCAAGACUCUUACUCCCGCUCAAAUAAAUUAUACUGUGACAGAAAAGGAGUUGCUUGCUAUCCGAGACCGUAAAGGAACAGAGAAUCAAGUGACAGAUCACUUGUCCAGGUUAGAAACUCAGAAUUAUGUAACUGAGGGAUAUGUCAUCAAGGAAACAUUCCCGGAUGGGCAAUUGUUGUCCAUUACUGCUGGGGAGGUACCAUGGUAUGCAGAUUUUACGAACUAUUUGGCAAGUGAAGAGAUGCCGCCUGAUUUUGAAUCAUAUUCUACGAAGACGUUCUUGGGAGAUGUGACAUAUGUGUGGGAUGAGCCAUUCCUAUUCAAAUCAUGUAUUGAUCAGCUAAUGAGAAGAUGUGUGCCCGAAUAUGAAAUAAAUGUUAUCUUACAUGAAUUCCAUGCAUCACCUUAUGGUGAUCAUCAUGCGGGUAACAAAACAGCAGCUAAGACUUGUGGGCAAGUGAAAGUUUCAAAUAGAGAGAUAAAGCAGAUCCUGGAGAAGCCGGUUGGUGCAAGUAGGAAAUAUUGGGCUACAAAGCUUGAUGAUGCUCUAUGGGCAUACCGAACCGCCUACGAAACUUCAAUAGGAACCUCCCCUUACAAGCUGGUUUAUGGGAAAGCAUGCCAUUUACCGGUGAAACUUGAGCACAAGGUCUAUUGGGAAAUAAAGAAGCUGAACUUUGAUGCAGACUUAGCGGGUAGAAAGCGGCUGAUGCACCUGAACGAGCUUGAUGAGUUUCGCUUGCAUGCGUAUGAGAAUGCCAAGUUAUAUAAAGAACAGACCAAACGCUGGCAUGAUAAGCAUAUUCAGCAUCGCGAGUUCGAACCAGGCCAAUUGGUUCUCUUGUUUAAUUCAAGGUUGAGACUCUUUCCGGGGAAGCUCAAAUCGAGAUGGUCAGGCCCAUGUGUGGUAGUAAGAGUCACUCCACAUGGUGCAAUUGAGUUGCACGUCUUUGGAGGCGAGAUAACGUUCUUAGUGUAUGGACAAAUAGUAAAGCACUAUUAUGGAGGUGACUUUGAUUGUCACAAGUCGAAGGCGUUACUUGCCAAUUAUUAG